AUGUACGUCGUGCAGAUCACCCUGGGGCCGUCGGAGUACAUAACUCAAGUCGACUGGUCGGUGGGUCCGUUCAAGCUCAAGGAGAUCGAGCACUGCAUCACCUCCAUCAAGUUUGUGACCAACCAGGCCACCUACGGCCCGUUCGGGCACGCGGUGGACAGCACGCACUACAGCCUGCCCGUGCUCAACAACGGCAGCGUCGUCGGCAUGUUCGGCCGCGCCGGAGACUACCUCCACGCCAUCGGCUUCUAUGUCCUCCCCUUCUAA